GUGUGUGUGUGGGAGAGAGAGAGAGAGAGAGAGAGAGAGAGAGACUAUGGUAUGAAUCAUGGUCUCACAUCUACGCUCCAUCACAGUAGCGAUAGGGCUCGCCUGCCUGCCUGUGAUGUGGAUGUAAGGGGAAAACAGGAACAAUUUACUGGAGCACUUUAAUGAAACAGAGUUCUUCCUCCAUCAUCAUCUGAACCGGCUUCAUCAUGUCACUGAAGUCAAUGCAGAAGAAAUGGGCGGUGCUGAAAUGUCACCUAGGUUCAUCUCAGGACUCGGAUUCAAGCACGCAGGAGGCCAACCUAGAGAAUGCUGAACCCGAGCUGUGCAUCCGCCUGCUGCAGGUGCCGACCGUGGUCAAUUACUCUGGCCUGAAAAAGCGGCUGGAGGGCAGUGAUCAGGCAUGGAUGGUACAGUUUCUCGAACUGUCAGGACUCGACCUGUUGUUGGAGGCCCUGGGUCGUCUCUCAGGUCGAGGCUGCUCACGCAUCACCGACGCGCUGCUUCAGCUCACCUGCGUCAACUGUGUCAAGGCUGUAAUGAACUCAUCUAUAGGGAUCCAUUUUAUCAUGGAAAAUGAGGGUUACGUGCGUAAGCUCUCACAAGCUCUGGAUACAUCUAAUAUCAUGGUGAAGAAGCAGGUGUUUGAGCUGCUUGCUGCUCUCAGCAUGUUUGCUGCAGAAGGGUACAGAUUGGCCCUGGACUCUCUGGACCACUAUAAGACUGUAAAGAUGCAGCAGUAUCGCUUCAGUGUGAUCAUGCAUGAAUUGCAGAACACAGAUAAUGUACACUACAUGGUGACACUGCUGAGCUUCAUCAAUGCACUCAUCUUCAGCACUGAAGACCUGCGCCAAAGGGACAAGAUGCGCAAAGAAUUCAUUGGUUUACAGCUGCUUGACCUCCUAUCGAAGCUGAGAGAGGAGGAGGAUGAAGACUUGAUCAUUCAGUGUGAGGCAUUUGAGGAAGCCAUGGCUGAGGAUGAGGAGGAACUGUUAAGGCUUUAUGGAGGCAUUGACAUGAGCAAUCACCAGGAAGUCUUCAUCACUUUGUUUAACAAAGUGAGUAGCUCCCCUGCAUCGUUGCAGCUGUUGUCCAUCCUCCAGACUCUGUUGUUGUUGGGACCAGAGCGAGCAGACAUCUGGCAGGCGCUGGAGGCUCUAACUAACCGUGCUGUCCUCCUGGCCCAGAAUUCUCAAAUGGAGUCCUGUGAGCCAAUCAUGCAGCGACUUGUUGUAUCCAAAGAAUCAUCCACCGGUUCUCAUUAUGUAGAUGCUCCACCUUCCAAGAAAGCAGAGAAAGCAAUUCAGACAGAGUUUAUUGAUUGGGAGAAAGAAUCUGGGAGAAAGGCCAACCAAGCGAUGCCUGUCAGCUCCACAGAGAAGUCUUGCACCACCCAGCCUCCUCCUCCUUCAUCAACUCUACCUGGCUUGGGUAGUGUCCCUCCACCACCACCGCCACUACCAGGAUUAAGUAGUGUUCCUCCUCCACCACCUUUACCUGGCAUGGGUGGUGUUCCUCCUCCUCCUCCUCCACCGCCUUUACCAGGCAUGGGUGCUCCUCCUCCACCUUUACCAGGCAUGGGUGCUCCUCCUCCUCCUCCACCUUUACCAGGCAUGGGUGCUCCUCCUCCUCCUCCACCUUUACCAGGCAUGGGUGCUCCUCCUCCUCCUCCACCACCUUUACCUGGCAUGGGAAUACCACCACCGGCUCCACCCUUCCCAGGGAUGGUACCUGGAGGUCCUCCAUUACCACCUCCACUCCCUGGAAUGCCAUGCCCACCUUGCCCACCUCCUUUGGGGGGAGAUAUAAUAGUAGCCCAAAGUGUUCAGGUUCUGGGAAGAGCUUACAGCAUGCCGGUGAAGACUGGUCCAUAUCCCACGCUUAGGAUGAAGAAGCUCAACUGGCAGAAGCUAAACUCCAAAGCGGUUACUGAUGGUUGCAAUAUAUGGGCCUCAGAACAAUCUAGUUCCCCUCUGGAACCGGACUACACCAGCAUCGAGCAACUCUUCAGUCUCCCAGUGACUGAUCCUAAAGAGAAAGCCUCAGCUGCUCCUGCCAAGAAAGAACCCAAAGAAAUUUCCUUUAUUGAUCCGAAGAAGAAUCUGAAUCUGAAUAUCUUUCUCAAACAAUUCAAAUGCUCGAAUGAGGAGUUUGUGGACAUGAUUCAGAAAGGAGAUCGUUCCAAGUUUGAUGUUGAGGCAUUAAAACAGCUACUGAAGCUUCUUCCAGAGAAACACGAGAUCGACAACCUGAACUCUUUCCAAGGAGAACGAGACAAGCUUGCCAACGUCGACAAGUUUUACCUGUCGCUCCUCGCUGUUCCUUGCUAUCAGCUGAGGAUUGACUGCAUGUUGUUGUGUGAGGAGACUGCGUCUGUGCUGGAGAUUCUCAAACCCAAAGCACAGUUGGUAAACGAGGCUUGUAUGAGUCUCAGAGAGAGCAAACUGCUGCCCAGUUUCUGUAGGUUAAUCCUACAAGUCGGUAACUUCCUCAACUAUGGAAGUCAUACUGGAAACGCUGAAGGAUUCAAGAUUAGCUCCUUGCUGAAGCUGACGGAAACCAAAGCCAACAAGGGCCGUAUCACUCUGUUACACCACAUCCUCGAGGAAGCAGAGGUGAACCACCCUGAGCUUCUGAACCUUCCUGAAGAGAUUGAAACCUGUGAAAGAGCUGCAGGAAUAAAUCUAGAUUGCGUUCAGGCUGAGGCAAAUGCACUGUCCAAGCGUUUAAGGGACACCGAGAAAAAAGUCUCCUCAGUUCAGGAUGUAAAAGAUCAAUUUUUGAGUAUCAUCAAGGAGAACCUUCAGGCAUGUAAAGAUUUGGAGGAUUGCUUUGCUGAAAUUGAGAAGAAUAAAGAAGAACUGGCUCAGUACCUGUGUGAGGAUGCUGCUCAGCUAUCACUGGAGGAACUCUUUAGCACCAUCAAGACCUUCCGAGGACUUUUCGUCAAAGCAUUAAAGGAGAACAAGAUCCGUAAGGAGCAAGCUGCCAAAGCGGAGAAGAGGAAAAAGCAGCUGGCAGAGGAGGAGUCCAAGAGACAGAAAGGAGAGAACGGCAAGAUCAUUAGAAGAGGUGGCGUGCCCCAGGAGGAUGGCUGCAUCAUUGACAACCUGCUGGCUGACAUCAGAAAAGGUUUCCAGCUUAGAAAGACCAGGCCCAGGUGCGAAACGGAAAGUGCCCCCUCUAGUGAAAUGCAUAGUGACACCGCACCCAGUGUCAAAUGUGCAGGAAGAGAAGUCACAUCAGGUAUAACUCAGGACCUCCCUUCUUCUCAGUCAGAGCGGACAAGCGUCGAAGAACCAGUCAGCGCUUCCUCCACCAGCCCCAGAGGAGAAACAGCGGUCACAGUAACUGGUAAUAUAGCUCCUCUCAAACAUCAAGAGACCCAACCAGGCCUCUCCACUGAAAACACCCAUACAGCUACACCACUGAAGCCUUCAGCAAAGCUUCCUCCUGUUCAGGAAUGCAUAAAAGAUAACACAGAAGCACAAACUCUUCCAAAUAAAAUCCUUGAUGAGAGAAAAUCUUCCAUCGAGACUCCACUAACAGAAAAGACUUCUGUGGACACACCGUUCUGUACAGUGCCUCCAUCUCCUGUGACCCCACCUGCAGCAAAAGAUGGCACACAACAUAACUCUAACUCUAAUAAUAGCCAAGUCAAAUACAACCAAGCUUAUAUUGAUACCACCUUCAAAAACGUGACAAACGUCGACUCUGGUGCUCAUACUGACUCCAGUGCGAAUGGAAACGGCAUGGUCACUGAUGACAUUGUGCCCAAAAGCCAAAAACAGAAUGCGAAGAGAGACUCAAGCAAAACUCAAGAAGAAUCUAGCAGCACCACCGAGUCCUCUGUUUCAGGAAACAGUAACAGAAAGACUGAGAAGCCAUGUGAACCUGAUGUGCCUGACGGCGCGCAUGCUGUGGAGGGCUCUGCCCCUUCUAAUCCUCCCAGCUCUCAGCCGAAAUCACACAAACUCCUCCGAGGACGUAAAAAAAGCAAUAAAGAAGCUGAUGGUAACAGCGAGGGAGACAGUAAGCAUAAAAAGUCCUGUGUGUUGCAGUAAGGGAGAUCCAGGAAAGGGAAACCACGUGGGAAGAGAUGAAGCUUUAAUUGUACAAGUGUAUUCAUGACCAAUUUUUAAAGCUCCCUUUAACUGCUCUUACGCACACGACACUCGGAAACCAAGGGCUGAGCACACAGAGCUGAAGCAAAACUUUCGUGUGUGCCGAUGGACUACAGUAUAAUAUUUUAAUGAAGAAAAAAAAAGAUUAUUUUUUUGAAAAUGCCUAGUUAUGCCCUGUAAAGUUGAGUGUGGCCAAAUAUUUCAGUAGUUUGUGCACUAUAUUGUGAUAAGCCGGAUCUUUGUUUACAUAUAGGUAAAUAUAAAAAAAAAAAAAAAAUCAAAAUUUAUUUCUGUAUAUUGGAAUUAUGUGAGUUUACCAGUAAUAGUUUGAGAUGGCCCAGUGUUCCAGAUCUGAUUCAGAAUUAUGCUGUAAGAUUUUAGGUUAAUGGAAUUUCAUAUUUUGCUGAGAGGAAUUACAUGUUAAAUAACACAUUUAUGAUCUAGUUUUCAGUGUGUAUGUACAGUAUUUGUUUAAAGAGACUGGAAGUAUUGUAUGAUGUGGCUUGUUAUAGCAUCUCUUAGAGCCCAAAAUAAUAGUCUCGGAUUGCUCUUUGGGGUUAAUAAGGCAGAGAGGCAGCUUCAGAGACAUCUACACCUUGAAUCUCAUUUAAUCUUCUGCAAACUUGUCUGGAAAACUGGUCCCAUAUUAUAUUUGGCUGUCUUAAUAAUCAUGUAAAUGUUAUAUUUAUGACUGGCUACCAAGGGUAGUGUAUGAUGUGACCUAAGAAAAAUAAUUUAGUUGAUAUCUAUCAGUUGCAAAGUGGUUUGAAAUAAAUACAGCUGUUGAUGUAUGCUGUGGUUGGUGUAAUUUACAUAAAUUCUUCUGGAUGGACACUUGAUAUAACCAACUAACAGUCAACACAAGGACAGCUUUAAGCUCUUGCACUCUGUUGGUCAAUUUCAAGGUUUUGUUUGUUUUGUUUUGUUUACUUAAGGCCAAAAGACAAUGGAUCAAAAUUUAACAAUGUGCUUUUAAUACAUUUCUAUGCCAGAUCACAACAAUUAUUUAACACUCGAUGCUUUUGAUGAGGAAAAAAUAAAUGUUGGUUCAUUUUUAGACUAUUCUCUGAAAUUUGACUAAUUGAAUAUAAUGAUUUAUAAAUACCUUAUUAACAAACUCAUAUCCAAUGCAUAUCACCACCUGGGAUACACUAUUUUGUUUUUUUAGUGAUCAUUUUGAUAGAUAUUUGUGUGUUCAGUUCUUUAUUUGUUUAUUAAAAUGCAACUCUUAAUGGUUGGCUUCAUAAUGGAUGUGACAUAAAAGCUUAUGCACUGAACAUUUUUCUUGGUGAGCCAAGAACUAUAGUAAUGUAUGAAACUGUGGAUUUCUGAACUCUGUAUAAUUGCCAAGGGUCAUAUAUAACACCUGAAUUACCCAUUGUGUGCAUGUGCAUAAGUCACAGUCAUGUGUGUUGCAUUAUUCACAAUAAAUACAGCUGUCAUACAAUGAUCAUUUCUAACUUACUGAACUAAUUCAGGUUUGAGGUGACUCAACCCGAGGGGCUUUACAGACCCACAAUUACAUACUUUUCAAGCAUUCUGUUUCAUCCUAAGGCUGCAUUGAAGUUGCUCAGAGAUGACUGCCAUACGUGCACCACUAGGGGGAGCAAUGUUAACCUUUUAAAAUUUAAAGAAGGUGCAUGGUGACACCCUGGUAAUAGCCGCACUGACUUUCUGGACUGGUACACCUCUAAAUAAGACCCAUCAGGAGAAGGCACACUCUGUAGGGCCUAGGAAUCCAGCUAAUCUGUAGAUGACAUCUGCUUGGACAAUGGAGCUACCUGUGUCUUACCCCAUUGCAAGAACAGCUGGUCUGAGGAUUAAAAUGCUGCUGUCUGUGCGAAUUAUACAGUAGUAAACAUUGAUGUAUGCUCCUGAUGUAAUCUCGAAAAAGAAAACCUGGAUUCAUGUUCAAGGACUCAACAGCCACAAAGCCAAAUAAAUCUAUGCUUAGCACCAGAUUAUGCACCUCAACUUAAAUAGAUGAAGUGAUUACAGGUGACAGUUUCUAAAGACACAUACAGUGGAGGUCAAACUUACAGAACAAUUUAUAAACACUUGAUUUUUUUUUCUGAAAUAUUUUUAUGUUCAUAUUGCAGCACAAAAGAACUGUAAAAUUAGUAGGAAGUGUAGGGGCCCUUGCUUUGAAAGACCUCAGCACAUCUGCAGCUGCAGGAUAUAACUAGUUUCUCACACUGCUCUGGUAAGAUCUUGGUCCAUUCUUCUUCCAGUCUCUUCCACAGUUCAGUAACUGUAGUGGGUUAGGGUUGGGGUAGUGGGUUUCUUAGCAAUAACUUUGUUGCCAAGGAUUUUCCAGAGAUUUUCAAUUGGGUUUAGAUCAGGACACUGUGCUGGCCAUUUCAUAAUUUCAGUGUUCUUAGCUUGACCUGCUUGACCCAAUCUGCAGUGUGACAGGAGGAACUGUCUUGUGAAAAUUAAGGGCUGAUUUGGAGAUGCUCACAAGGAAGUAACUGUAUGUUGCUGAAGAAGGUUCUUAUAAAAAUUUGCAUUCACCCUGCCAUGUAGCUGUAUUAGAUGUCCAAUGCCUGCUGCAGAAAACAUCCCCAAACCACAACACUUCCUCCUCCACCUUUCACUGACUUAAUUACACACUUUGGGAUUUUUUUGUGCAAUGAAUAUUAAUAUUAUUUCAUAAACAAAUCAAGUGUUUAUACAUUGUUAUAUAAUAGUUCCAGAGCAGCCUGUUCCAUGGGGAUAGAAGAACCACUGGCAAAGAGAUCCAUACAGAGCUAGCCACACCUCUUCUAGGUGGAGGUGGUGGUAGCUCAAGUCGUUAAGGCUCUGGGUUGAUUGGAAGAUUGGGCUUCAAGCCCCGGCACUGCCAAGCUGCCACUGUUUGCCCUUGCUCCAGGUGUGCUGUAUCAUUGCUGACCCCCCAACCCUUGAAGGAUGGGAAUUUCACUCUGCACUAAUGUAUAUGUGACAAAUAAAGGCUACUUAACUUAAGCAGUAGAUCCCAUUUCAUGUACAUAGUUUUCACAGUGCAUUAGGUACACAUUUGUGCAGCAUUAGCACUUAAAUUGUAAGGAUAUUCUGUCCAAUAUGAAAAAGCCACUUACCUUCAUACCAUUCUGACUAAGGAUAUAAUUGUCUGCUACAACAAUUUCUGAGAGCAACAGAAAAUUGUGGUAUCUGAGGAUUUCAGAGGGGCAUAUGAAUUGACUCAAGCUAGUUGAUGUAUCUUA